CCCUGACAAACCCGAACAAACACAAGCAUACCCAGACAGCCCCGCGCUCGCCUCAGGUCGCCUGCUAACCCCGGUUGAAGUCGCACUGCAGUGAUAUUCGUAGGCAGAUUCUGAUGGCCCACGAUAAAGGAGCAGAGAAGGGAGGCGUAACGAUAAGCGGUCCUUGCCAGCAGCGAAGAAAACAUACAAGAAGAGUUCUUUGUUACAAUCAUGCGCAAACAGCCCAUGCAUGCCACACUUCUUACUGUCAUCGCCGAUACCUGGCUUGUGCAAUACGCGGUACUCGAAGAGAAACAGCCCACCCCCCCACGUUCCCCUCCGAACCGAUGGCAGACACGACCGUUGAAGAAGUCAAAGACGUCAUCUAUGUAAAUACAGUCUCACGAGCAAGCGACGAUCUCCGGCCAGAAGAUGUCUACAACGGAGCAUUAGCUCGGAGAAAAGGCCCAUUAUGUCACCCACACAUAACUCGCUUGAAGAGGGAAGAGCAGCGACAAUCACCACAAAGAGGAUCCAGCCAGAAAGACGGCGGUUCCCACGUGCCCAGGCGUAGAGAUACGAAAGCCACUACGCGCCAGAGGGACAUGAAGCGUCAGCUCCUACGGCGGUCCGGUCUUGCCCUGUCGCUCAAUACGCCGACUACAUCGUUGCCAAUGCGCUCAUCGUCGACUCCCAAGGGCAAGGAUGCCCAUCAUCCAGCACUUCGUGAAGAUGGCGGCAGCAACAUCACCAGUGCAUGCCAUCUCAGCUAUGCUAAUGACCCGCAAAGCUGCCAGGGAGGGCGAUCAUUACUUCACGGGCCGGCGUGCAUUGCCACAGACUUCCGAGCGUCCCUCCUCUGCCAUCCCCGAAAUACCCAAUCACAAUCUUACCGCCGACACGUGAACAGCGCCAACCCAGGACAGAUUCCGAGCUUGUGGAACCCGCCUGGAUGGUGGAGCCAUUUGAGACCGCAGGAUGAUGGGCAGAAGGUUUCGGAUGACUGGAAGAGCUCAUACAAAAGCGUGCAAAAUGAACAGCCGCAGUUGGUCCAAUAUUACCCAGAAGGAGGGGAGUCGGUGACAUACAAGAAACGUUAUAAUAGCUGUUUUCCAGGACAUCUCACCAGCUCACCUGUACGAGUCAACUUCGCUGACACGGAGUACCAAAUAACUAGAGUACUCGUUCCACUAGACUUUUGCUGAGAUCAAUGAUAG